AGUCUCCUCCCCCACCCCCUUUCUUUUUUCAGUUUUUGGUCCAAAUUACACCACAUCCAACCAAACACCAACAAACUAAAAACGACUAAUGCGGAGUAUCUAACGACGACCAUUACCCCUCUCUCUCUCUCUCUCUCUCUCUCUCUCUCUCUAGCCACCUUUUUCCUGCUUUUAUUUCUUCUCCACUCCCCUCCCGACUCUCUUCACACACCAUUCUUCCCCGGUCCUCCACUGCAAACUCUCCUCCCCCCUCCCAUCCCUAAAAGCUUUUCCAUACACAUACACACACACACACACACCUUUUCCAUUCCAUCUAUCAUGCUUCAGAGCUUGGUUCCGCAAUCCCCAAUGUCUAACCCUACUACUUCCUCUCCCAUGAAUACGAAGCGUGUCUACGGCGACGACUUCUCACUGGACGAGGCCACCACCAAGCGUAUAACUUUCUCCCACGACGCCUCGUUAUCUGUCGAUGACAGGACUGAUCAUCUAGAUGACAGCGAGUCUACCGGCCUUAGACUCCUCGGUCUCCUCCUACAGUGCGCCGAGUGCGUCGGCAUGGAUAAACUCGACGACGCCUCCGACCUUCUCCCCGAGAUCGCCGACCUGUCCUCUCCCUACGGCUCUUCCCCGCAACGCAUCGCAGCUUACUUCUCCCAUGCACUUCAGGCACGCGUCAUCACCUCCUACCUCGGCACCUACUCUCCGCUCACCUCCAAUGACCUGAAUCUCAUUCAGUCCCGGAGAAUCUUCUCCGCCCUCCAAUCAUACAAUUCCAUCAGCCCCUCGGUCAAAUUCUCUCACUUCACGGCCAACCAAGCCAUCUUCCAAGCGUUGGACGGCGAAGACCGCGUCCACAUCAUCGAUCUCGAUAUAAUGCAGGGCCUCCAAUGGCCCGGAUUGUUCCACAUCCUCGCCUCCCGGAACAAGAAGAUUCGAUCGAUGCGGGUCACCGGGUUCGGAUCCUCCUCCGAGUUGCUGGACUCAACCGGCAAGAGACUCGGGGACUUCGCCACCUCGCUGGGGCUCCCCUUCGAGUUCCAUCCGUUGGUGGGCAAAAUCGGAAACCUGAAAGACGUGAGUCGACUCGGGGUGAGGCCGAGCGAGGCCAUAGUGGUGCACUGGAUGCACCAUUGCCUGUACGACAUAACGGGGAGCGAUAUGGGGACACUGAAAUUGUUGACUUUAUUGAGACCCAAACUGAUCACGAUCGUCGAACAGGAUCUGAAGCACGGGGGCGGCUUUUUAGCCAGGUUCGUGGAGGCUUUGCAUUACUACAGCGCGUUGCUCGACGCGCUUGGGGACGGAUUGGGUGGGGACAGUGCAGAGAGGCACAUGGUGGAGCAGCAGUUGUUUGGAUGCGAGAUUAGGAACAUCCUGGCCGUUGGUGGACCCAAGAGAACCGGAGAGGACAAGGUGGAUAGGUGGGGUGAGGAGUUGAGCCAGGUUGGGUUCCGGCCCGUCUCGCUUGGGGGAAACCCGGCAACCCAAGCUAGCUUAUUGCUCGGGAUGUUCCCAUGGAAAGGUUAUACUUUGGUGGAGGAGAAUGGUUGUUUGAAGUUGGGGUGGAAAGAUCUGUCUUUGCUCAUUGCCUCGGCGUGGCAGCCGUCCGACUGAAUUACUUUGAUUAAAUCAGAUGAUACGGCGAAUGUGACGAGGAAAUCAUUCGCAUUCCGAAGGGAGGUUUUGAAGGUGAUAGCACCAAGUGAAACAGCUUUUGUUCACUCGGUUGUAAUUCUUUUUAAUUGAAAAACAUUUAUCCAAAACUGUUCUUAUCAAUUAGCUA